AUGUCUGCUGUAUUUAAUAAUGCAACUUUGUCCAAUUUGGUCAGAGCUGCUACUUAUGGUGAUACUUUAAAAAAUAUACAAAACUACCAACCUCAAUUAAAUAUUGUUGAACAAUAUUGGUCAGCUUGGUAUACUUAUAUGAAUAAUGAUAUUCUAGCAACAGGUUUAAUGUUUUUCCUUUUACAUGAAAUUGUUUACUUCGGUAGAUCUUUACCAUGGUUUAUUAUUGAUCAAAUUCCAUAUUUUAGAAGAUGGAAGAUUCAACCAACAAAAAUUCCAUCAACAAAAGAACAAUUAUAUUGUUUAAAAUCUGUUCUUUUAUCUCAUUUCUUAGUUGAAGCUAUUCCAAUUUGGACAUUUCAUCCAAUGUGUCAAAAAUUAGGUAUUACAGUUGAAGUUCCUUUCCCAAACUUAAAGACAAUGACUCUGGAAAUUUGUUUAUUUUUUGUCUUAGAAGAUAUGUGGCAUUAUUGGGCUCAUAGAUUAUUUCAUUAUGGUGUCUUUUAUAAAUAUAUUCAUAAACAACAUCAUAGAUAUGCUGCACCAUUUGGUUUAUCUGCAGAAUAUGCUCAUCCUGCUGAAACUAUGUCUUUAGGUUUUGGUACUGUUGGUAUGCCAAUAUUUUAUGUCAUGUACACAGGUAAAUUACAUUUAUUUACUUUAUGUCUUUGGGUCGUAUUAAGAUUAUUCCAAGCUGUUGAUUCUCAUUCAGGUUAUGAUUUCCCUUGGUCGUUAAAUAAAUUCUUACCAUUUUGGGCAGGUGCUGAACAUCAUGAUUUACAUCAUCAUUAUUUUAUUGGUAAUUACGCUUCUUCAUUUAGAUGGUGGGAUUUCUAUUUAGAUACUGAAGCUGGUCCUGAAGCCAAAGCCGCAAGAGAAGAAAGAAUGAAAUUAAAAGCUAAUAAAGGUGCUCAAAAGAAAAAUCAAUAG